AGAGCAGGAGAGGGAGAGAGAGUCAUAAAUGCAAUAAUUAGAGCUUAGGUAGAAAUAAGCAAAGCACUCUGGUCUCACUGACUGCCGGUGUAUCUUAACAACAGGAAAUAAUUGAGAAGACUGAAGCACUGAGUAUUUGUUACGCUCCAACUCUACUCUUUGCCGGGAUUUGUUGAAAUGUUGUAUUUAUUUAGAGGAAGCAACAAUUUCUCACAAUGGAUCUGCUCCAAGAUUUUGGCUGAUUAGGCUGGAUUAUUUUUUCUUAAUGAAUUUUUCAACAAUUGAAAAAAAAGAUUGUGAUACAUUUACCAUGUCUGUAGCUGCCCUGUUUAGGGGCAAGUGGGGGACAAAAUCCCAGGAAAGCCCUGUCAAGCAUCAAAACACUGUGGUUCUACCCAUCCAUGAUGAGGACUAUGAUGAUGAUGAAGAUGACUCCAAGGUAGGCCUGAGCAGAGAGCCUAUUCGCAGGAACUCACGCUUUUACCGUUCAAUGAGGAAGAAGAGGAUGGCCUCAUCUGAACACUCUGAAAGUUCUCCCAGUUCUGGUGUGGACAACAGCUCAUUAACCACAUCACCAAAUUCGUUUUGUAAGACUCCAUCGCCACAUAAAUCACCUGAUUUGCAUGGAGCUGGACGACCUGUGUUGCCCAGCAAUGGGGAGAACAGCAGCAGAUUGUAUGGUCUGUACAACAAGCAUGUUGUAAAUAAGGGAAGAGGAGGUGUGGGAGGAGAGAGUGUGUACAUAUCUACAGCCUCUUACAACCACAACAGCACCUCAAUAGACAACACGAUCUUAUACCGGACUCACAGCAUUCAGAGUGGUGACAUCAAACAGCUCUCUGAGCAAACCACCGUUGCCUGCACAGUAAGCGACAUUGGAGGGACCAAGAGCUUGGGAAGGCCUAGCCCAGAGGGAACUGACCGGGAUAUCGUCAACCACAGGUUGCUGAGCAAUGACGGGAACUCCAAGACAAUCAGCCACGGCCUUAAGAUUAUCAAAAAUAUCGCCUUCUUGUAUCAGGAAUACAGAGAUACAUCUAAGAUGCAAGAGAUUGAACAAAGACGUCAGCGUGAGCAUCUCUCCCCUGGUGGCAUGUUGGCAAUGUCCAAUGUCUCAUCAACACCAGUGUUACAACUCCAGCUGAGGAACAGUGCUCGUUCACUCAGCUUAUGGCAGAACCUUGAAGUAGUGCAGGCCAGUGGACUGCUUAGCCAGUUACCACCUAAAGAAAUUAUGAUGCAAGAGGCAAUGUUUGAGCUUAUUACUUCGGAGGCAUCGUACUACAAGAGUUUGGAGAUUCUAGAAACUCACUUCCUUCGUAACUCAGAUUUGAUAAACAUUCUUAGUCAAUCUGAUAUGCACUUUCUAUUCUCCAACAUUGAGGAAGUCAUGAAAGCCAGUGAACGGUUCCUGAUGGAUCUCGAACACAGAAUUGAGGAGUCUAUUUUGAUUUCGGAUGUAUGUGACAUUAUUCAUCACCAUGCUGUUGAGCAUUUCAACGUCUUCAUCCAAUACGUCAUUAACCAAGUCUACCAGGAGAAAAACUACAGACGAAUUCUUGAGGGAAACCAGACAUUCCGGGAGGUCAUGGCAACAUUGGAGAACCAUCCAUGUGUGAGAGGACUGUCUUUUACAUCAUUCCUCAUCCUUCCUUUCCAGAGAAUCACAAGGCUCAAGUUGCUUGUACAAAAUAUCCUGAAAAAAACGGAAGAAAACUCUGAGAGGGAAGCCAAUGCAAUUAAUGCCCACCAGCGACUUGAGCAGAUUGUCAAGGAGUGUAACGAGGGUGUUCGAAAAAUGAGUCGCACUGAGGAGCUUAUCAGCAUUGAGAAGACAUUAGAGUUUAAAUCUAAGUCUGUACCCAUCAUCUCCCACUCCCGUUGGUUGCUAAAGAAGGGUGAGGUGCAGCUCAUGGCAGGACCCAAGACCACCAGGACAUUGCGAAGCCGCAAGCUCUAUCAACCCAUUGUCUUGUUCCUUUUCAACAACCUGCUGCUGGUCACCAAGCGCAGCUCCAGCGGAGACAGGUUCCAAGUUCUUGACUCAUGUAAGCGGGCAAUGUUGAGAACUGAAGACCUGGAGGACCAAGGCCAGCUGCUCGCUAAUGUUUUUAAUCUCAAAUUGCUGGACAACCAAGAAGAACAUCAAGUGAACUACAUGCUCAAGACCUCAAGCAUGAGUGAUAAGCUUCGAUGGAUGUGUGCUCUGACUCCCAACCGUCGCACACGGUUUAUGUCUACCUGUGCACACGACUCAGAUUGUUUGCAGGUGCAGUGUAUUCAGUCUUAUACCACUCAGGAGCCGGAUGAACUUUCCAUUGAGAUGGCUGAUGUUUUGAAUCUCUUGGAAAAGACAGAUGAUGGCUGGAUGAUGGGUGAAAGGCUUCACGAUGGCGAAAAAGGUUGGUUCCCAAGUCGACUUGUAGAGGAGAUCCAGAGUAAGGAGGUCCGAGCUCAAAACUUGAGAGAGAGAUUCAAAGUUCAUCUAGCUCAAGAGGGAGGACCAGGCUUCAAAAGAGAAGGAAGGGUUGGCCUAAGAGUGGGGAGGUCCAACCCAAAAUUCUCCAACUUCUUCAGUUCAUGUAAUGAUCAGAUGGAAAACAAGUAAAGCAUUUGGCUUCCAAAUAAUGCAUAUGAUUUAUCUACUGUACAAAACAAUCUUGUUCAUUAAAUAUUAAACCAUGGACCAAUGAAAUGUCACGGUUUGGCUAUUACCAUACAGUGGGAAAAAUUAAUAUUUAAAUUCUAAUUUCAUAAAUUUACCCCCUUACAAAAUAUGUCCAGAACAUUAAUAACAUAAUGACAACAGACGGGCUUAUGAGUUAUCUCAAGCAAGUUGAGGCAACAGUCAACUAAUUCAUUCAUCUCACAUUUGAGACACAUGAAGCCUUGGGGCUGUUUGUUCCUCCGACACCAUUCUGUGCUUUCUCAAUCAAUCCAAUAUAAAUUCAUCUAUAAAAUGUAUUUAUUCAUAAGGUGUUUUUUUUUACAUUGUCUAUCUUUGUUACAAUAAACUUCCAUCAAAAUUAUGAACUGUUCAUAUUUUUGUCAGGGGGUAAACUGAACAAAAUAAGCAGGGCUUCUAAGACUUACUUUCCCCACUGUAUGCUACCGAUCAAUCAAAGCAACUGGAGGCAUGUUGCAUGUCUCAUAAAUGUGCAAUAAAGGGUUUUUGUUUCCCUUUUACCAUGGUGCGUGAUAAACGAAGAAUAAAAAUUAUCUCGAGA